UUGUGAAAAGAAAAAAAAAGUUUUGAUUCACUGUAAUAGCUCUGGUACGAGUGUUUUUGACAUGGUCGUUAACAGGGACUGAUUGAUUCGUCUUUUAAUUUUUGUAUGGAUUUCUAAUGUGGACAUUUUGGAGAGCCUGACACCUGAUUGGCGAAGUGUUUCAAACCAGCACCGAACCUGAAGUACUAGAGGAUCAAGUUGCCUACAUUCUUACACUUUCUCCCUCCAUCCGUCUGUAAGAGGCUGCGGGCGCGAUGGGGGGAGUUAGGCGCAAUGGCUGUGGAUGUCUUUAUCUAAUACUUAGUUGCAGUUGUUUCUACUUUUCUUACGCUCUGCAAUGCCUUGAUGCUAGCUUACCCUGUAAAAACAAUGGUGUGUGCAUCCGUUACCAUAAUGGAACUGGAUAUUGCAAAUGCCCAGCUGAGUUUGUUGGAGAAUACUGCCAGUAUGAAAAUCCAUGUCAGAAAAUAAAGUGUCUCAAUGGGGGGAUAUGUGAGCCUUCUUUAAUGAGCAAUGGUCCUGUGUUAUCAAGUUGCAAUUGUCCAUUAGGAUACACUGAAGAAGACUGCAGCAAACCAGUGCCAAAUGUUUGCUCUAGCAACCCCUGCCAGAACCAAGGGACCUGCCAUCUGUUAACCUUAGAAAUAUAUGAGUGCAUCUGUGUCUCUGGAUGGACAGGUCAGAACUGCCAAAGGGUUAAUGCAUGUGCUUCUUUACCUUGCAUGAAUGGAGGAUCCUGCACUACUUCGGGGAACCAUUAUCAGUGUUCCUGUAAACGUGGCUUCACUGGAUUAAACUGUAGUGAUGAUAUUGAUGAAUGUGCCAUACCAACCCUGUGCCAGAAUGGAGGAACAUGCAUCAAUGUACCAGGUUCCCAUCAAUGCCAUUGCCAACCUAACUAUACUGGACGUAACUGUGAGAGCUUGUAUGUACCAUGCUCACCUUCGCCAUGCAUGAAUGGAGGAACCUGCCGUCCAACUAGUGACAUAACCUAUGAAUGCAACUGUUUGCCAGGAUUUGAAGGAAACAACUGUGAGAAAAAUAUUGAUGACUGUCCAGGCCAUAAAUGCCAGAAUGGUGGAACCUGUGUUGAUGGUGUGAACACUUACAACUGUCAGUGUCCACCUGAGUGGACAGGUCAGUUCUGCUCUGAAGAUGUAGAUGAAUGCCAGCUACAGCCUAAUGCCUGUCAAAAUGGAGGCACCUGUGCUAAUCGGAAUGGUGGUUACAGCUGUGUAUGUGUUAAUGGCUGGAGUGGACAGGACUGCGGCAAGAAUAUCGAUGACUGUGCGUCUGCUUCUUGUCAUGAAGGAGCCACUUGCAUUGAUCGCGUUGCCUCAUUUCUCUGCAUUUGCCCUCCUGGAAAAACAGGUCUCCUGUGCCACCUGAAUGAUGCAUGCAUCAGUAAUCCUUGCCAACGAGGUGCUUUGUGUGAUACUAACCCAGUAAAUGGGCAGUUUAUCUGUCAGUGCCCAACAGGAUAUCAGGGAGCAGACUGUACCACAGAUGUCGAUGAAUGUGCCAUGACUCACAGUAACCCUUGUGAGCACGGUGGAAGGUGCGUGAAUACGGAUGGCUCUUUCCACUGUGAAUGUAUAAAGGGUUAUACAGGUGCCCGUUGUGAGAUGGACAUCAAUGAGUGCCAGCCUUUGCCUUGUCAGAAUGAAGCCACUUGUCUUGAUCAGAUUGGUAGCUUUACCUGUAUCUGUAUGCCAGGUUUUGCGGGUCCUGUCUGCUCCAUUAACAUCAAUGAAUGUGAAAGCAAUCCAUGUCUGAACAAUGGUGUCUGCACUGAUGAAAUCAAUCGAUUUGUGUGCCACUGCCAACCAGGUUUCACUGGUCCUACAUGCCAAACCGAUAUAGAUGAGUGUACCAGCACACCCUGCUUGAAUGGAGCAAAGUGUUUAGACAGACCAAAUGGUUAUGUGUGUCAGUGCACUGAAGGGUACACUGGUCUGUUGUGUGAAGAGAAUAUCGAUGACUGCAACCCAAAGCCAUGCCACUAUGGGGAAUGUGAAGAUGGUAUUGGCUCUUUUACUUGCAUCUGUUAUCCAGGUUAUACAGGAACCAUCUGUAGUGAACAAAUUAAUGAGUGUGACAGCAAUCCAUGUCAGAACCAGGGCCGCUGCAUUGACAUGGUCAAUGGGUAUAAAUGUUCUUGUCAGCUCGGAACAACAGGCGACAACUGUGAAAACAACAUCGAUGACUGCGUAAAUAAUCCAUGUGAAUAUGGUACCUGUCGGGAUGGCAUUAACCGCUAUGAUUGUGUCUGUGACCCAGGAUUUACAGGUCCCAAAUGUGAUGUAGACUUUGAUGAGUGCUCCUCGAAUCCUUGUCGGAAUGGUGGCACAUGUAUCAAUGAUAUAAAUAAGUUUGUGUGUCGUUGCCCAGAAGGUUACCAUGACCCAGUCUGCCACUCAGAGGUGGAUGAAUGUGAGAGCAGCCCAUGUAUCCAUGGGACGUGCAUGGAUGACGUAAACGGGUACAAAUGCCUUUGUGAAUCAGGCUGGGCUGGCAUCAACUGUGAAGCAGAUAAGAAUGAAUGUACCUCGAACCCAUGCAGAAAUGGUGGCACCUGUAAGGAUUUGAUCAAUGGAUAUUUUUGCAGCUGUUCUAAGGGAUUUAAAGGUAGAAAUUGUGAAAUGAAUAUUAAUGAGUGUGCCUCAAAUCCAUGCCUGAACCAAGGGACCUGUAAAGAUGGAAUCAGCAGUUACACCUGUCAUUGCAUGCUGCCGUAUACAGGAAUAAACUGUGAAAUUGUCCUUGACCCCUGCUUACCAGACCCCUGUGAGAAUUCUGGAACCUGUCAGCAAUCAAUUGACUAUGAGAGCUACAGCUGUGUGUGCCCUACUGGAUGGCAAGGACAGAACUGCACUGUAGAUAUUGAUGAAUGCAUCACUAACCCAUGCAAGAAUGGUGCAACCUGCAAGAAUACACAAGGAGGAUUUGAGUGUCAAUGCCAGCUUGGGUAUGCCGGUAUAAACUGCGAGAUCAACAUUGAUGACUGCAGUCCCAACCCUUGCCAAAAUGGUGGGACCUGUGUUGAUGGUGUAAAUGGGUUCUCUUGCUCAUGCCAGCCUGGAUUCCAUGAUGAGAGAUGUCAAAUUGAUAUCAACGAAUGUCAGAGUAACCCUUGUAAGAAUGGAGGCUCCUGCACUGAUUAUGUGAAUAGCUAUACAUGUAAAUGUCCUGGUGGAUUUAAUGGCAUUCACUGUGAGCACAACAUACUGGAGUGUUCUGAGAGCUCCUGCUUCAAUGGAGGCACUUGUGAAGAUGGAAUCCUUUCUUUCACUUGCCGCUGCUUGCCUGGAUUCACUGGUGAAUUCUGCCACUACAAGAUUAACAAGUGUAAUUCUCUCCCUUGUCAGAAUGGUGGCACCUGUGUGGAUAGACUGGAGACUUACAGCUGCACUUGCCCUAUGGGAUACUCUGGGAAAGACUGUCAAAUACAUGUCAACCUUUGCAAGAAUUCUCCCUGCAAAAAUAAUGGAACAUGCUCACAGGAGGGAGUGCAAGCCGUCUGUCAUUGCCCCAGUGGAUGGAUUGGGCCAUACUGUGAUGUCCCUAGUGUUUCUUGUGAAGUUGCAGCUAGACAGAGAAAUGUCCAGGAGAGUCAGCUGUGUCAGAACAUGGGCAGUUGCAUAAAUGUGGGAAAUGGUCACCGAUGUCAGUGCCGGCCUGGAUACAUGGGCAGCUACUGUGAGAAGGAAGUGGAUGAGUGCAUGUCCAGUCCGUGUCAACAUGGAGCAAAAUGUAUUGAUUAUCUUGGGGGCUAUGUCUGCCAGUGCUUGCCGGGAUAUCAAGGUGUGAACUGUGAAUUUGAAGUGGAUGAAUGCCAGUCUCAACCAUGCCAGAAUAAUGGAAAAUGCAUAGAUAUGGUAAACCAGUUCAGAUGUUCCUGUCCUCCUGGCACUAGAGGUGCUUUAUGUCAAGAAAACAUAGAUGACUGCAUUUCAGAGCUUAAUUCUUAUACUUGGGAGCCAAAGUGUCUCAAUGGAGGACAGUGCAUUGACAGAAUUGGUGGUUUCAAUUGCAUCUGUCCCCCAGGCUUUGCAGGGGAGCGAUGCGAGGGAGACAUUAAUGAAUGUCUUUCCAAUCCCUGCAAUACCAUAGGAAGCCACAGCUGUGUCCAGUUGGUCAAUGACUACAGAUGUGAAUGCAAGCCAGGUUUUACAGGUCGCCACUGUGAAAGUAAUUUUGACCCUUGUCAGUCGAGACCAUGUCAGAAUGGAGGAACAUGUGCCGUGACCCUUAAUACACACUUUGGAUACACCUGUCAGUGCUCUGCACAUUAUUAUGGAUCCCAGUGCCAAUAUACUAACUACAGCUGUGGGCAGAUGAAUUGCCACAAUGGAGGAAUUUGCAUCCCAUCAUCAAAAGGACCACGCUGCCAAUGCCAGAAGGGUUUUGCUGGGCCAAAGUGUCAGAAUAAUGUUGCUUGUGUCAGUCGUCCCUGCCAGUUUGGCAGCACAUGCCUUCCCACGCUGCAACCUCCUUACUAUGUAUGCCAGUGUCCUGCUCACCUGAAGGGACCGUACUGUAACAUCAUUACCCCUAUUGUGACGCAAGAACCUAAUACCUGCCCUUUUUCUGAGUGCAAAAACAAGAGUGGUGACCGCUACUGUGACCAAAUAUGUAAUAGCCAUGAGUGCCAGUAUGAUGGUGGUGACUGCUCUCUUAGCAUCCCUGAUCCUUGGGCUAACUGUUCUGCUGCACUGCAGUGCUGGAACUACAUCAAUAAUCGUUGUGAUGAGAAAUGCAAUACACCUGAGUGUCUCUUUGAUAACUUUGAGUGUAGAAAAACUAUGGAUAAAACCUGCAGGUAUGCAUAUUGUGCAGAUCACUAUGCCAAUGGCCACUGCGAUCGUGGCUGCAACAAUGAAGCAUGUGACUGGGAUGGUCUGGACUGUUCUGGAGAUGAAACUGAAAAACUGGCUGAUGGCGUAUUGGUUGUCAUUAUCCUUAUGCCACCUCAAGAGCUGUUACAAGAUUCGCGUAAUUUCCUCCGUUCUCUGGGAACCCUCCUUCACACAAACCUGAGGUUCAGGAAGGACCAACAAGGAAAACCCAUGAUACGUCCAUACUAUGGAGAUAAGCGGACGGAGUCUGCACAUGCCCAUUGGACUUCAAAGAGAUCUGCAGAUAUCAAUCGAAGAAUUCGGGAAGUUGGUCAAGAGCCUGUUGGAUCAGAGGUAUAUCUGGAACUUGACAAUCGUCUCUGCACCCAGCAAUCUGGGGACUGUUUCUCUACAACAGACGAAGCUGCUGCAUUCCUGGCUUCUCAGGCCAUUCAAGGGACACUCCCCUACCCACUUGUGUCAGUCAAAAGUUUGCAUGCUCCUCAUGAUGUGGAGCCAAACUUUAUGUACCUUCUGGCAGUAGCAGUCAUAAUUGUUAUCAUCAUACUUUUCCUUGCGGUGCUUGUUGUAAAGCACAAACGUAAACAUGGCACAUUAUGGUUCCCUGAAGGCUUCAUUUUGAGAAGAGACUCCAAUCAAAAACGUCGAGAACCAGUUGGUCAAGAUGCAGUCGGAAUGAAAAACCUGCCAAAGCAGAUGGUGGAGAACAGCUCCCUUGACAUCAGUCAACAUGAACCAUGGAUUGAUGAGUCUGAGCCGGAAGCCAAAAGGCUAAAGACUGAAGAUCAUGCAUUGUUGCCAGACAAAGAAGAUCAAGUAGACCAGCGUCAGUGGACACAGCAGCAUUUAGAGGCUGCUGAUAUCCGUAUGACACCAUCACUGGCCUUAACCCCACCACAGGCUGAGAUAGAAGCAGACUGCAUAGAUGUCAAUGUCAGAGGACCGGAUGGCUUCACUCCACUGAUGUUGGCCUCUCUCCGUAUGGGGAGCUCAGAUGCUAUUGAAGAAGAGGAGGAGAUGGAAGAGACUUCAGCCAACAUAAUAACAGAUCUGAUUCUUCAAGGUGCCAGCAUACGAGCACAGACCGAUAGAACUGGAGAGACUGCACUUCAUCUGGCUGCUAGAUAUGCUCGUGCUGAUGCUACCAAGCGACUCCUAGAUGCUGGUUCUGAUGCCAAUGCACAGGACAACAUGGGCCGAACACCACUACAUGCAGCUGUGGCUGCAGAUGCACAGGGGGUAUUUCAGAUACUAAUCCGUAAUAGAGUUACUGAGCUGGAUUCUCGCAUGAAUGAUGGGACGACGCCAUUGAUUCUUGCAGCUCGUCUUGCAGUAGAAGGAAUGGUUGAAGAGCUGAUAAACUGCCAUGCUGACGUCAAUGCAGUGGAUGAUCAUGGAAAAUCUGCACUUCACUGGGCAGCAGCAGUUAACAACACUGAAGCAACAAUCGUGCUGUUGAGAAAUGGUGCAAACCGUGAUAUGCAAGACAACAAGGAGGAGACUCCUUUGUUUCUUGCAGCACGUGAAGGUAGCUAUGAAGCAGCCAAAUUGCUAUUGGAUCACUUUGCUAAUCGUGAUAUAACUGAUCACAUGGACCGUCUCCCCCGGGAUAUUGCACAAGACCGCAUGCAUCAUGACAUUGUGCGUCUUUUAGAUGAGUACAACGUGGUGAGGAGCCCCCCUGGUCACAACAACAUGAUGAUGGGCUCAUCUGUUGUUCCUGCCAUGUGUGCUAACAGCAAGUCUUUUAACAGUAACAAACAGACUCAGCAGGGUAAAAAAGCCAGACGAUCUGGUGCGAAGAGCACUCUACCGGGAAGCUUUCCAAACCUUGCUAAAGAUGCCAAAGAUAACAAAGCCCGAAAGAAAAAAAACAUAGGGAAUGGGAAAGGCCAUCUCUCAGAAAGUUCAGUUACGCUUUCUCCUGUUGACUCUCUGGAGUCUCCACACACAUAUAUUUCUGAUACAACAUCUCCAUCCCUGAUGACCUCACCUGGAACACUGCAUCAGUCUCCACCAAAUUCUCAGCACAUUGGAGCAAGCAUGAACCCUCAGCAUGCCAUGUCACUUUCUAGUCUCAGUGAAAUUCAGGGCCACAGCCGAGGUGCAACAGUUGUCCUUCCAUCAGUCAGUCAAAUGCUACAGCACCACAACAUGCAGAAUCGUACUGGGCUGGUCACCAUGCAAACAGAUUGGAUGAACCAGCUUAGAAUGACAGAACCUACUUACAACCCCUUGUUUGGGGUAAUGCAUCAGGUGUCAAGCUCACACCCAAAUAUUUCCCAACAGAGCAGCAUGCUUCAGCCCAACAUGAUGGCACCAUCUCAAGUAACUAUGUCUAGGGAGCCACUGCCAUCAAUUAUGACCUUCCAGAUGAUGCCGAGUGCUAGUACACAACACUUGCUGAAGCCACAGCAAAAUAUCCAAGGUGGACAACCACAGAUGAAAGCAGAGAGCACCCAGAACCCAUCUGCAAUGGUGAAUAACACAUACCAGAUGUCCAGCAUAGGACGGACACUGAAUGGCUCAGCUCCCACUCCAGGGGUACCACAGAUAGAGGGGCAGUCAACCCCUACUGCUCUUCCUUUGUAUCACCGGCUGCCUAGCUCUGUAGACAAAUAUCCAACCCCACCUUCACAACACAGUUAUAAUUCAACCAGUCAUGGUACACCAAAUCAUGGACUGCACUUGCAGGGAGAACACCCUUACCUAACCCCCUCUCCUGAGUCCCCUGACCAGUGGUCCAGCUGUUCACCACACUCUGCAUCUGACUGGUCAGACGUGACAACCAGCCCAGCUCCUAAUGGUCAAAAGCCUAGUCACAUUCCAGAGCAACAGAGAAGCAAUAUGCAGAUAUAUGCGUGAAGCAUGGAUGGAAUUAGAAGACAGCAUCAUCUUUCUGAAAACAGCCUUCCUCAGCAGGAAUAAAAAAAAACAAACAUAUGACAGUGAACAAAUGAAGGAGCAAGAGAGGAAAAUACAUAAAUACAUAAAUGAAGUAUGACAAUUCUUUUGAGUUGUGUCAAUUUUCCCUGCUGUUCAUGAAGCACUGAAAGUCUUACUUGCAGUGAUCACUGAACUCUGUAGACACAGCUUUAGCAAAGUUGUUGUUUUGAAGAAUAUUUGUUAAAACUUUCUACUGCAACUUCAGAGGCGGAAACUAAACCACUAUCCUCACCAUGACUGUGAAGUUCAGGAUAUUCUCCAAUUCUGAGUUGUCUUGCCUUGUCUCACCUCUAGAUAUAUUUGUUCAACUUUAUUUCCCAGAUAUUGUGUACAAUCUCUUUGUCUGUACAGUUCAACAGUGAAUCCCACACAUGUAAAGACAUAAAAUUUAGCUUUCCUUUCUGUAUGGAGCAAUCUGUUAAAAAAUGAGCAUGCUGUAUGGUUUCAGUAUUAAUUUUAAAACGGUGAUGGCAUUGGCAUUUACAUAAAAAGUACAGAGUUUUUGUGGGCAUCCUGACAAGGUUAUACAGAAGAACUGGAUAAUGUUUUUUACUUUAAAGGCUACUUUUUGCAUAUGUCUGUCCCCUGAUGGUACUUGACUACAUAGUUGAUAUUUUCAGAAGUCCUUUCCUGUGUACAGAGGCCUUUGUUCUAAUUUGUGAGGUGUCCUUGCACCACUGUUUACAUUCUUUACAAAUGAAGUCUGGGAGAACAUUACUCAUAGAAACAAAACAUUUUGCACUAAAACUGACAGCUGGUUAUUGUCUGAACAGUGCUUUUAACUCUGUAAGACUGCAUCAGAUGCCUGGGAUGGGGUGAAGAAGCCUUAAAAAGUUUUAAAAGCCCAAAGGGCUUUUCCAGUUGUCUUCAUUUUUGAGCAUCUUCAUAUCUUCCUCAUAAAAGUUGGAGAACAAGAAAGACCAUGCCAUUUUUACCUGUAAUUUCUAGUGUGCCUUAAGUUGACAUUUCUCUUGCUAGAGAGGGUUUUUAAAGAAAUAUGAGAAAAAAGAUUGAAACACAGUGUUAAAAUCCCAGAAGGUUCACUGGGAUUGUGAUCACUCUUGUUUAUAUAUUUUAAGCUGCCUUAAGAAACACGUUGAAGAUUUUUGUGUGUCCUGUCUAGAUAGGUAGCGAACUGUGUUGAUGUUUUUCCUCAUGUAUUUACCUUAUUGGUGUAUUGUUUAAUUAAGGUAUGUUCCACUUAGUUUAACAUUUUUUCUUGCCUCAUAAAAUAUUUCUUAUUAUGAUAAAGUAUAUUUUCCAUACUGUAUUUUUAGCCUGAAUACUUUCUAUAAGCUAUGCUGUUUGCUUUAUACAAACAGUGGUCUUUGGACUGCGUGGGAACAUUUUACAGUGGUCUCCUAUGUUCCGUGGUUGUAAUAGUAAUCCAUUUGAAAACUCAUCAGUAAAAUGAGUGCCAUUAGCCCAGAGAACUGCAGCUUACCUGCAGGGUUUCGCUCAAUUUCUAUUGUGUGUGAAAAUGUAUAAAUACAUAUUUUUUUCUUGUUGUCCAAGCAUGUUUAGUGAUUUUGUGGAUUGAUUUGACUAGCUUCCAGGCCUGUUUAUAGUGCAGUUUUGAAAUCUGUCUGUUCUUUUCAAGGGACAUUACAGAGCAGUUACUCUCUAGACUGAUCUCAAAUCAAAUGGUAACCUAUGUCUGUUCAUGGGUUACUGUAGAAGACAAUGGAAUGAGUGUAUUCUUUAAUCCCCCACACCCGCUGUGCUUUUUUGCACUCUUUUGCUGAAGUAUAAAGUUGGCAAGUGCAUAAAACAAUUAUAGCCUUUCUGCAGUAGUAGCCAAAAGCUUGGAAGUAAGUCAUAUCAACCUGUUAGUUUACUUUACUGUAGUUUAAAAAUUAUAAAAGAAGCUUUUUCCCCCCCUCAGUUAUCAGAUAUGAGUCGAUUACAGUGAUGAUUUAUAACUAUUGCUGAUGUCUUUUCCUCUUUAGAAAGUGAAGCUGUUUUGCUCUUUUUAACAGUUAUAUGGUUUAAACUUUAGUCUGGCAUGAUGCUGCAUCAAGCAACCGACACAGACCAUUUAAAAAAAUAUAUAUCAUAUUUACUUUAGCAAAUCAGAUAUACGUUGUGCAAUCCUUGUGUUGACAUUAUCUGCUUUUUAUUUCCUUCAGAAUGGGAGCAAUAGAAAGCGGGAAAGCAUUUUCCAUUUGAGUUUUCCUUUAGUUGUUGGAGAAGUAGUAGCUUAGGAAAUGUAGUCAAUGGAGGAGAACCAAAUUACAGAUAUUAUUAAAUUGUGUGCUGUAUUAGUCAUAAAAUAUUCAGAAGUAAACAUUUCCUUGUCCGAGUUAUACUAUAACUGUAUAAUACUCAUAAGAGGUGUUGCAACAAUGCAGAAUGAACUAUGCCAGUACUGUCUGAGAUCAGCAAGAAGGUAACUUGUAACUGUACACUUGAAGUUGUCGUUAUCACCAUUGUGUAUCGUGUGAAUUUACUGAAAGCCUGCUAAAGAUGGAAAAUUUAGAGCAAGUGGGGGCUUUGGACAAGUUUGAUAAUUUCAUUUCUGCCUUUCAUUUGAUGUGCCUUCAGACUAUGCAUUUGGCCUAAGGAGACAGACCUGCAGCUUUGCUGCAAAUACUACAUUCCAUGUUAUAAUUCAGAUUAGUGAAUAUAAGUCAAUGCAUGUGGAAAAAAAAUUUAAGGCAGAACCGCAUUUUUUUGCAGAGUGAAAGAAAGGCCAGCAGUGUCCAAGGGCUGAAAAUGGUCAAUUGCGAUUCCAGAGAAAAAGCUGCCAGACAAUCUGAAGAGACUUUUCAAUCAGAGCUUAAUAAGAAAUGAAUGUGAAUUGCUAAGUGCAUUUUUCUUCCUUGUGUCCUUCGUGUACCUUAGAAUUUAAAUUUCUCAAGUUUUUAAUAUUUGCUAACUUACUAUUUAGCUUCAUGUGUUGCUUGCUGUUAGCAGUCUGCAGUUUAAUUUUUGUUUUAUAGUAUUGUCUCUGUUAGUAGCAGGAGCAGUGGAAUUGGUGAAGUCCUGCACAGAUCUAGAAGAUGAAGCUUAUGGGAUAUGGGUGCAGAGGGGACAGUAUGUCAAGUUUUGUGUAACUCUGGAAAAGGCAGUAUUUGCUAAAGAGAUUACUGAUCAAAUUUGUAAGCAGUCAAGUCUGAGUGAACAAUUAAAACUUGAUGAGCAAAGGAGUUCAUUUAAAGGUUAACUACAUUUGAAAUACCUCUGUGUGUAACACAGUUGCCAUUUUUCUAGCACUGUGUUGUAUUAUACUGUAUUAAUUUCAGUGCACCAGAAGACCACAGGAAAAGUCCAGCAGUGAUGUACUGUACUGAUGAAUAGGAGGACACAGUUACCUUUCAUUUCCUUAUGAAGUCCAGUCUAGCUGUCUGCUUUGUGACAUCUCAAGUUUGCUCAUGUUGGGUGGGAAGGGCUUGAAAAUACAGAUGGGCAGUAUCACAUACCUUAAAGCUGAAGCAAGGCUGCUGAAUUCUACCCCAAAUUCUAGGUCUCAGUCCGAUUGCACAUUUUGAGUUGGGCCUUACUAUGGGAUGUACAAUGAAUGGAAAGGAAAGUGAAGAUAAGAAAAAUAAUAUACCUUGUUAAUGAAAGUAAAAGGGUUCAAACUAACCAUCAGCUGUUUGGCAGUGCAGGUGAUAUUACUAUAUACACAUGGUUCAUAUGCAGUGAGUAGCUAUAACAGAGUAAGAAGUACAGAAUAAAAUACAGAAGAAAUUAUGCUUCCUUGCUAAAACUUUCCUGUUGUAUUUUUAAAGUUUCAUUUCAUGUUUCUAAGUAUCACUGCCUGAAAAUCACUAGUUGUUUAUUUGUAUGUAUAUUGUUAUAAUGAGUUAGUGUGUUCUACUUUUCUGUGACAAGCACAUGAACUUUUAUUCCAUCAGUAGCACUGCAUGGUUAAGGAUGCAGUAGUAUCCCUGUAAAAUCACUUUUAUGUAGAAGAAUCUCCAUUUUGAGAAAAGGAAACGUUUCUCAAUGCUUAACAGUCAAUAUCCCAUCCUUCACUCACUAGGCCUGUGGCACAGAAGCAGGAAUUACGUCAUGCACUUAAUAAAUCGACAAGUUUUUACAGCUCAGGCCAGGAAGCCUUUGUCUGUUAAUAAGAACACAAAUGUCUAGGUCGUUAGUGUCUUUGCAGCAAAUUUGCACAGGCUUCCAAGUUGUUGCAGGAGUAGUAAGUCUAUCUUUAAAACUUUUCACUUUAACACUUUUUCAAAUUGAUCACUGCAGGGCUUUUCCUUGAACUCUGAUACUGCAGGCCGUGGUCUACUGAACCUGGGCAUGACACAGUUUCGUUAUGUGCGACUCUUAGCCUUGGCCUGUGUUAUGCUGAAGCAUGUUACUUCCCAUGUGGCAUUUGAAACUCCUCUCUUAGUUGCAUUGUGACCAGUUCAGCUGUGUUUGGCCUACACCAUAGUACAAGAAAGGAGUAAAUUUACGGCAUUCCAUUGUCUUGACUUACCCAAUACCCUACACUUGUAUUCCAUCUGAGUUACCAUUUGUGAAAUAGUUUUUGUAAUACUGUUUACUAAUGUAUCAUUUGGAGUGCAUUUCCUGUUUUCAGAUAAUGAGGUACAAUACAUUAAGAGUUCUGAGGUCAUGAACUAAAUAAUGGGAGUCGGGCUGUGUGGAAUGCAGAACAUUGGUGUCAGAACCUUGGUGGCACAGUCUUUGUAAAUAAGAAUUUGUUGUAAAACAGUUAUGUUUCUGUUUAUUUUUUUCUUUAUAUGUGUAUACUAAAGAAAAUCUUUGUUAUAUGAAGUACUUAAGUUCUGUUUUUCAUGUUACAUCAGAAGGGACAUACAUAUUUUUACUUUUAUAAACUAUGAUAUUAAAGUAGUUUACUUGAUUUAUACGAAAAUAUUUUAUCAUUUAUAUAUGAUUAAUAAAAUGUAAACAAACAA